AUGAUAAAUGAUAAUUUAAUGGAUGCAACAGAUACAAAUCAAUCGAUGACAACAACAUUUAAUGUUGAUCGAUUUCGUCUACCGAAUGAAAGUGAUCAACAAUGGCUUUAUCGAAAACAGUUUAUUGACGCAUUUCGAUCUGAUUACAAUGAAGAAAGGCUUUUAUGUCUUGCGCAAUGUUACGCGAAUACAAAAUGUCUUGGAUGCAAAUAUUCGGAACCAUUAAAAUCAUUACUUGAUCAACUUUCUGAAAAACUUUCGAAUUCUUCGGGAAAACGUCCAACAAGUCAGGAAUUAACUGGUGUAAAUAAUAAACGUAAUGCACUUAUGACAAAUACAGCAAUGUCCAACGUUCCACUGAAUUCAUCUUUUUCCAGUUUUCCAAAUUUUAUUUCAUUUUCAUCAUCUUUCCCAUCUAAUCCAGUGUCACCAUCAACACGAACACCACCGCCACCGCCACCGCCACCGAUACCACCUCAACAAGUCAAACAAACACCAGUAGAUCCAAAAGUCACGUUAUAUGAAUCUGCUGAAACAAAACUUAUUCGUCUACGCACAUUUGCUGAGCAACUGAAACAAUUCAUUGAAGCAGCUCAAAAUCGUACGAAUAGUGAUGAAAAUGAUCAUGCUAUUGAAGAUAUAUAUCAAAUUGGUAAUCAACAACGUUUAUUUAUUGAUUAUCGUCCAGAUGAUUCCAUAAAUCAAUUGAGUUCUCAUGGAACACAUGCUACUUCGUUUUUAACACAAACAUUUCGUGGUAAACUUUAUAUUGACGAAGUUUAUAUAACUGCCGGUCAAGGUACUAAUAAAAAAUUUUGUAAAAGAAAUUGCUUUCAACAAGCACUAAAUCGAUUUUUAAAUGAAAGUUUUGACGUUAAAUUAUCUUUAAAUAAAGAUGACCGUGAACAAUAUGAGCUGAUAAAAAUAACUUCAAAUGAAGACCAAGACGAUUUUAGUACAUAUGAGGAUGAUGAAGAUAAAGAAUCUUUUACUAUACCAUCAAAUCAUCCAAUGUCUAAUACAAAAAUGAAUUUUGUGCAUGCGCGUGAUACAACAACAAUAGCUGGACGUACAGCUCGACAACAAAGUAAACUCGAACAACAAUAUUGGCAACAAUGGGGUCGAGGAUCGCCUUUAUUCACAAAGCCAAAACGUAUUCACCGACCUUUAUCCCCGCCACCACCUGUACCUCAUCAAACGAUAAACAAUAAAACAAUGGCAACUAUUGAAGCAGUAGCCACAACACCAUCUAGCGUUGCAGCAGUUAUUGCUGAAAUAGAACAAGCAGCUCAACAACAACAGCAGGAAAAUAUGAAUAAUAACCCGCCUGUGUAUUCAUUUCCAACAAAAACAGUCGAUGAUCAAAUGAACAAUAAAAAAUCAAUACAACAACCAAUAUGUUCUGAAGCAGCUAAAAAUGCUGUUGAUCCUGUUUUAUUAUCUCAACAACGUGCAAAAUUAUCUAAAAUGCAAACAUUUCUUUUUAGUUUAUUGAAUACUUUAGCUGAUGCGAGUCAUUCAAUUGAUCUUAUAUCAACACAAAUCAAUAAAUAUCAUUUGCAUUCAGAUUUUGAAUGUGCUGAUAAAGCAACAUCAAAUGGUUUUCAUGGACAUUUAAUUAUUGAACAUAUUGAAAUUGCUAAUGGAUAUGGUAUUAAUAAAAAAUUAGCAAAGAAACAGGCAUAUUCUAAUGCAUUAAAAUCCAUUUCAGCAGCUAAAUCAUUUUCCCUUGAAUUACAUAAUGAAACCCGUUGGGUAUUAGUAUGUCAUCAAGAUGAGUUAGGUCUGCUUAAAGUACCGCCACCUCGUCGGCCAGUAUCAUUACGCAGCGAAGAAAGGCAAACUCGUUGGGGACCACCAACAAAUCUAUCUGCUGUUACUGCAUCUACAACAUCAGCUGUACGUCAUUUUCAUGAACGUCGAGUUGAAGAAGGCACACAACGUGAACAAGAAUAUUAUACAGCAGCUGGUGUAUGCAUUCCUCCACCGGCAUUGAUUGAACCUCCAUUAACACGUGUCGAGAUUGGAAAAGAUCUAUCGAAAUGUAUUUCAUCGACCGACGAAUCUAUUGUGAAUAAUAUUCGUCGUCUUAUUCCAAAUACAUUUGUUGUUUUUGAAUUACUUGAUUUUGAUGAAACGAUUCCAGGUCACUAUGUUUCGAUGUUAUUUACAUCCUUGUCAAAAAAUAAACUUGAACUUAAAUAUGAAUUCGUUCAUGUACCCAAUGGAUUUAUGAUAACCUAUACGAUUAAUAAUCGAUUUUUCAUGUCAUGGAUAGCGCCAACUAAAGUUGCAGCUAAACAAGCUGGUGCAAAAAAAGCAAUUGAAAUGCUAAAAACACUCUAUCCAAGUAUCAAAACAAAACAUCUUGCUAGUGAUAUGUCUACCAAUGAAAAUGAAAAUGAAAUCAUAAAUAUGAAAUGUAAAUUAAUAACACGCUCACAACUACAUGAUCAACAAUCAUUAACAGCAUCUUUAACAACAAUGGCUACAAAUGAACCGAAAAAGGAAGAGAUGGGCUCUAAAUUAUUAAAAAAAAUGGGUUGGGUUGGUGGUGGUAUCGGUAAAGACUUGCAAGGUAUUGCCGAGCCAAUACAAAUUGAAGAUUUACAAGGACGAAAAGGCUUGGGUAGUAACGGUUUAUUUCCAAAUCAAAUAUUUAUAAAAAAUUUACGACGUGUACUCGAAGAAUUUAUUUCUAACAACGACGACGACGGAGAAUUACAAUUUGCGAAUGAAUUUAAUAGUGAAGAAAGAAAAUCUAUCCAUAAAGAAGCUAUGAAACUACAUUUAACAUCAAAUUCUUAUGGUCGUGAUGGUGAACGACGUAUUCGUGUUACACAAAAACGAAAUGUUGAUCAGCUUGUUGAUCAUUUAUUAACACAUGGCGGUGAAACAGCCCGAUAUGAAUUAAAAGCUCAAACUCAACCUAAACCUAUUAUAACACAAUUAUCACAACGUUCAUGUGUUAAAAUGGGCCCAGUAUCGCCGAAAUGGAUGGCUCCUGAUGCUUGUGAUGAUGGAACUUUAUAA